AUGUUGGUCGAAAAUGCCGGGCUUUUGCUGUCCGCAGCUGUGCCCAUCAUACUUCUCCCCUAUCUCCUGAGCGGUUUAGUCUCUACUUUGAGACUGAUCUGGUAUACCUCGGGUUUCCCGAUCAUUAACAAACUGAAAGGCGAAUGGUCUGAUCAGCCCGCUGUGAAACGCAUCGCCCAAGACAUGAACACAUGGCUUCGAAAUGGAUAUUCCAAGAUCAUUGGGUCGUUCGGAAAACGGAUUGUGUUGCCUCCUGACAUGGCUGAGCACGUCAAGUCUGAUCCUCGUUUUAGCGCCGACGAGGUAGUUAAAAAGUCCAUGGCAUCUACUCUACCGGGGUUCGAGGGCCUACGUGCGACAGAUACCCUCACCACCAUGAUUCGCACCAAGCUGAGCACCAACCUUAGCAAGUUCACUCAGGAAUUGGUCGAAGAGACUCAAGUGGCAUUUGAUGAGCGAUGGGGCACUAGCACUGAAUGGCAUGAAGUUGAGUUGUUGGCCAGUCUCCGUGACAUCGUCACUCAAGUCUCGACUCGGAUCUUCCUUGGCCCUGAGCUCUGCCGCGACCAGGAGUGGCGGGAAAACAUUCAGGCAUACACAAACAGCGUGUUCUAUGCCGUGAGGAAAAUCCGCGCCUGGCCCGAGUGGUCUCGUCCAUACGUUCAAUGGUUCAUGGCAGAUUGCCGCAAAAUCAGGCAACAGGUGAAGCGAGCCGAGGAGAUGAUUGAGCCCGUCAUCGCCAAACGCAUCGAAACCAUGGAACUGGCAAAAAAGGGACUGGCAGACAUGCCAAAUGACGCCAUGACAUGGAUGCACCAGAUCGCCAUGAGUCGAAACGAAAAGUACCACGGAGCUCACGCACAGCUGUCGCUUAGCAUGGCAUCGGUGCACACAACAUCGGACCUUACCUCCAACAUUGUGCUUCAGCUCUGCCGGCACCCAGAAGUCAUCGAGCCACUGCUGAAGGAGUCACGAGAGGUCCGCGAUGAGAAUGGCAAAAUGUCAAAGACCUCAUUGUACCAAAUGAAGCUCGCAGACAGUGUAAUGAAGGAGACACAGCGAAUUAAGCCCCUCGGUGUCCUUCUUACCCAUCGAUAUGCGCAUGAAGACGUGUCCCUGCCCGACGGGACGCUCAUCCCCAAAGGCGCUCAAGUCAGCAUCAACAUGUCCAGGAUGUGGGAUCCAAAGUACUAUCCCAAUCCCGAGGAAUGGCAGCCUGACCGGUUUCUCAAGCUCCGCGAGGAGGCCGGAAAGGAGCAUUCUUCGCAGUUUGUGACGACCACGAUGGAAAGUCUCGGAUUUGGCAUUGGCACACAUGCGUGUCCUGGGCGGUUCUUUGCGGGGAAUAAGGUCAAAGUCUUGCUCGCGCAUAUCCUUGAGAACUACGAGUUCGAGAGAGUAGACUCUGGGCCCGACGCUUCGCCGUGGUAUAUCGAGAUUGUGACGAACCCCAAGGCGAAGCUGCGUGUGCGGAGGAAGAAGUCUUCCUUUGCAUGA